GUUUUACCGACAUCCUCUGAACGCAGCACAAGACCAAAGUAGCUGCACAUCGAUUAUUGUUGCCAAUGACAGAUCCCCGAUAGCCAAAGUCAUGGCGUUGCUCAAACAGAGCUGUUGUGUCGCAGGACGUUUCUCCACUAACCACCUAUGGCUGAGCCCCAGAAUCAUCCCACAUGUGAGUAUUUAAUUCAUAACUCAAAUUUGUUCACUUUAACAAACUCUUAGGGUGUAAAUAAUAAUCUGUUAGCAGCUCCAGACGGCAGUGAUCCUGGUCCCAGGCCUGGAGUUAAAGUCUGCUCUGAUGUAACUUCAUGUGAUGUUGUCUUUAUCAGCAGUAGAGAAAGGAAACACCUUGUAACUUCGUCAUAUAGGUAGUUAGUACAGUUUUAGGACAGUAAACAGACUCCCAAACGGCAGACUGUGCCUGUGUGAAAACAGUUCAUGCGAUUAUGUUGUUGUUGUUUUUAUUAUUAAUCCUCAGGUUUACAGCAGCAGCAGCAGUCUGAGCACUGUGACCAAGUCCUCACAGGACCGAGCUGACAGAAAGAAAGAGCUGCUGAGUGAUGAUGGACCUGAUCUGCAAGACUUCAUCUCAGGGGAACUGUCAGAGAAAAGCAAGUGGACCGAGUACAGAGGAAACCUGAAGAGAGGGAAGGGGGAGAGGUAAGACAGCAUGACUGUGGCACUGGAAGGAAAUACUACAUAUGUUAUAUGUUAGUUUGUACGUUGUUAUCAGAAGCGAGUUUAAAGACCAGAUCAAACUUAACCUUAUCUAACCAGACAACGCUGAGCUGAAUCAAUGUAAGCUCUUCUGGCUUCAGUAAUGUAAGGGAAAUCGAUAAGGGUGACACACAAACUUUAUUGGGAAAUUCCCAUGAGAACUGGUGGAUAUUGUGAUAUCAGCAAAUUAUUUAUUAUUGUCCACAGAAACUUCACACCAAACUUUUAGACCAGCUCUCUCCUGCAAAUCUAACAAAAAGUGUAAUUUUUGUGUGUGCUUGUGUGACAGGCUACGUCUUCCUCCAUGGCUCAAGACAGAGAUCCCCAUCGGAAAAAACUACAACAAACUGAAGAACACGCUGAGAGACCUUAACCUGCACACAGUGAGUUACAAAAAUUAAAGAAACAGCUGUGUGUGGAUAAAUCUACAGUUAUCGUGGAGUUGUUUUUUUGUAAGAUUCAAAAAGCUGUAUCUGCCUUUUUCUUCAGGUGUGUGAGGAGGCCAGAUGUCCGAACAUCGGAGAGUGCUGGGGGGGAGGAGAGUACUCCACAGCCACAGCUACCAUCAUGGUGAGUCUGAGUGUGUACAAGUUCUUCUCUGUCGAGGUUAAUAUUUAAAAUAGUGGGAAUUUGUUAUUUAGAAAAGUUAUUUGCUUGUGAGUGAUCUUAUAGAUGGAUCUCAAUUAAAUCAUAAUUAAAUAACUGUAUGUAAGUAUUUCCUGUCUCAAACCUAUUUUCCUAUCUUUCUUCUUCUCUUUUUUUUUUCUCUCCAUGUGUGACCAUGUAGCUGAUGGGGGACACAUGUACUCGUGGGUGCAGGUUCUGUUCAGUAAAGACAGCUCGCCAGCCUCCACCUCUGGACCCAGACGAGCCGUAUAACACAGCCAAAGCUAUCGCUGCCUGGGGAUUGGACUAUGUGGUUCUUACCUCAGUGGACCGAGAUGGUAGUGACGUCUUUAUUUAUGAUCUUGAUUCAUUUAUUGUUCUAUUGAGAGUAGUUAUAGUGUCAUUACAUCACACUACAUCUUAAUCAUGAUUCUCAGAGCAGCUUUUACAGCUCAGGGUUUUCUCUAAAUUGAUUGUUUUACUAAAAAUUUCAAAUUGAAUGUCCUCUCCUUUUUCAUGCAGACAUUUCUGACGGAGGAGCAGCACACUUUGCUAAGACCGUCUCCCACCUGAAAGAAAGGUGUUAUGCCGCCUCUUCUGGUUCAUCUGAACAUGUGUGUCACACACUCACUUGUAUCUGUGUAAAAUGAUUGAAUCAACGCUGUUUCUGUCCUUAUUAAGGAGCCCUCAGAUCCUGGUCGAAUGUCUGACCCCGGAUUUUCGAGGUGACUUGGAUGCAGUGGAGAAGAUCGCCUCGUCUGGAUUAGAUGUUUACGCCCAUAAUGUGGAGACAGUGCGAGAGCUACAGAGGUCUGACACUUGAAAUAGUGUCUUUAGAGUUUGUGUUUUAUAUGGAUCCUCCCACUCUGCACUAAAGUCUGAUUUAGAGGAUCUAACAAGUCAAAUAAACACAAUAACAGGAAACAUCUCCCUCAGAAUAGACACUAAAAGGGGCAGAGAAACACUUGUAUGUUGGUUUUUCAUCACUCUACAAUAGGUAAAUUUGGAUAAAAUUAUAUCAUACAGCACUACUCUCACUUAGAAUCACUGAGAACUGAAAACCAGUGUUGCCCCUAUCUGGUUUAGAUUAUUAUGUAGAUAACAGCACGACAAAGAUAUAAGAAUGUACUUUAAUUUAAUUCUGGAAUACAGAAAUUCAAGUUUCUGUAACUUUUAUUUUUUAUCACACUUACAAUCCACACUUCUACAUUUGGUCCAUACUUUCUGGCUCAACUGAACUUCUCAAGUAGAGAAAGGUAUUUAAUUCGUGGCUGAGCCCCUUGUUAAGAUCUGGAUUAUUCAAAUGAUCCAGGCUUUAUUUAUUAGCCAGGGGCACUUUCAUAUUCCUACCAUGGAGGACAACUGAAGCUCACAGUGAUCAGGCUGCAGCCACAUGUCCUCUGUAUUUACUAAGAAAUCACAUUUAGAGAUACCUGAAACACAAGCUAGCUCUGUUAUAGUUUGGUUUGAACUUUUAAGUUUAUACGAAAAUUCUGAAGUCAGAUGUAGGAGAAGUAAUGAACACUUUUACCAGCAGGUGGAACAAGAGGGCAACUUGUCUGCUGUUAGUAAAAGUGCUCGGCAGAAUAAAAGGAAACUUAGUGAAGCUGUAAUUGUCCACAGUAAUCUCAAUCCAUAAUCACCUUUUACGUGACUUUGAAUCUGUCUUUUCUGUGUCCAGGCAUGUGCGUGACCCUAGAGCGAACAUUGACCAGUCUCUGAGUGUCCUGAAGCACGCCAAAAAAGUCAACCCCUCUGUCCUCACGAAAACAUCCAUAAUGCUGGGACUGGGAGAGACUGACCAACAGAUACUUGACACAAUGACUGGUGAGGACACACACACCGCUAUCCAAAGAUACGCGUUUGUAUCCAAAGUACAGAUCGAUGUGAAGCUCACUCUGUUGUUUGAAUAUUGCAGAGCUGCGAGAAGCAGGAGUGGACUGUCUCACACUGGGCCAGUACAUGCAACCCACCAAACGCCAUCUGAAGGUCAACACUUCAUGUUUUCUGGAUUAUUUCCCCAUGUAGUUCUUUGAGCGAUGUUUACUUUUGCAAAUACAUGCACAAUGUGAUAAUGUAUGUUUGUGUUUAGGUGGACGAGUAUGUCACUCCAGAAAAGUUUGCUCACUGGGAGAAAGUCGGGAAUGAAAUGGGCUUCAUUUAUACGGCCAGUGGGCCUCUGGUGAGAUCCUCCUACAAAGCAGGUGAGAUAUGAGUUACACUCAGGUGCACUGCAACAGUAAAUCAGGUCUUUUAUUUUGUAACAGGAAAUGAAACACUGUAAACUUGAGCUCAUUCAAAGAGACUGCAGCUCAAAGGUCCAGUUCACUCACUUUGGGUAUGUUAGCAGAGUUGUCCCUAACGGUGCGUAAAUUAUUCUGCCUGAUCCAGAUUUGGAGUUUUCAUACUCUGAGCCACCUGCUGCCACCUCCACCACACAGGAGCUGUUUAAAUAUUUGAAUAGCAUAACUAGUUGAAAUGAUUUAAGUUUCUGCUAAUAAAUAUACCUUUUACAAUUCAGCUAUGGUGGUAUCUUGUGAGAAAGCGUCCCAGACACUCUGAUAAUCCAAAGAAUGUAAUAACAUCUCUUCACACAGAGCCUUGUUAUUUAUAAAACUGUUCAGUGCAUGUUGAGUAGCACUGACAUUGAUUCUUUGAGGACAUAAUGUUCAGAAGUUUUAAAGUUCCAUUCCCACGACUUUGAACCUUGAAAUCCAAAACCUCAGCAAAUACAUUUGUAGAGCUCUGAUUUGUCAAGCUGCAUUUUAUCAUGUUUUUCCCCUUUGAACUCCUACUAAGAUUACAACAGCUAUGAUUUAAACUGCCCUGCAUGUAUGUUAUCUUGAUGGUUGAUGAUAUCUGGAGCAGGCAGGCUGUUUUGAUAAUGUGCAGGCAGUAAUAUUAGACCUACAACAGGUCUUCAUCAGAAUCAGAACAGUAAAGUUGUGUAAAUGGUUUUUGCUCAGCUGAGAGCUGGCUGUUAGUGGUCACAGGUUUUCUGCUUUACCUGCAAAGGGUAAUGUAGUGUAAUUUGAUACUGAUAGAUCAAUAACUUGCCUCAUGGCCUGUUUGGCUCACUCUGUUGGGACUUCAGUCCAUGAUAACUGCUAAAUAUACUACUGUAAAUGCUGUCACUUAAAGCCUGACAAGGCUGGAUUAAGGUAUUUCUUCAUGUAAGUACGGCAGCUAAGAACCGCCAUUGCUACAAAUAAAAAAAGAAUGCAAAAAAAAAAGUCCCAGCGAAAUUACAGAUGCAAAAAAAGAAACCAAAGCCCGCUGCAAAAAAAAAACAAAAAAACGGUGCAGAUUAAAAAAAUCUCCAACUGAAGUUAACGACACAAAAAAAGUGUUGAUGAGAAAAAAAUAAGUUACUUACAGCGAAAAUAAAAGGAUGCAAACUUUCGCAACUUUCUUUUUGUGUUGUUAACUUCAGUUGUGACUUCUGUUUUUUGCAUUCUUUUUUAUUUGCAGCAGUGGCAGUUCUUGGCCACCGUAUAGAAGUCAUACAAAUGUAUCUUAAUGAUUCUGAUAAAUGUCAUUUCUCUCCACAGGUGAAUUCUUCCUGAAAAAUCUCCUUAACAAGAGAAAAAUAGAAGCUACAACCGCAGAAUAAAAAGCACAAAACCAGCAGCUUUCAGUCUUACUCCCAAAAAACUAGCACCUAAUGUUUCUAAUAACUCAGCAUCUAUGUCGAACACCUGCUAUACCACAAAGUAUCCUACGCUGGACGCACAUUUAAAAGACUUAUCUGAAGUUCAGGGACCAUCUGUCUGCACUCGUCCUCCUCCGUUCUGUGAUGGCUCAGCGCUUGAAGUUUAAGAGGGAGGAGAUCAAAGAGGACAAACCGAAGUUUGAGGAGAACCUGAGUGAAGACCCAGUCUGAGACAUCCAGCCAGAAGGAAAUGCAACCAGUCGUCACUGUAUUUGCACCUCCAGGGGGGCCCUAAAUCUCAUCCGGCAUGAACUCCCUCCCCUCAGGGCCCCAGACUGCAGGUGAAGAACUGCUGACCUCUGACCUCAAGUUCUGAAAUGGAGCUCUUUGAUGUCUUCUGCUCCAGGACUGAUAGUUGAACGAAUCCGGAGCAAUGUUUAUUUUUUAUCGUUGGAGUGUUCUCGCAGCAGCAGCAGAACUAAAUUAGUUCUAUGGUCGUUGAACAGUUUCAACGGGUCAGAGCACUGUUUUCAUUUUCACUUACAUUAGAAAAAGACAAUUAAACUUUGAUUUGCUCUUUGUCAUCAACAGACAUUUCUAAAGAGGUAAAAUUAAAGGAGGACUUAAGAUCUCUUCAUAUGACAAAGAGCCAAAUCAGCCAAAAAAAAACGGAUUAUUUUUAUUGUCAAAGAUGUUUUUGCAUACUGUUCAAGAUAAAGUGUUGCGAACAUGUUAGUUUCACUCCAAACUUACUGGUCAUAUUUUGCUGUUUUAUCAUAAAUGUAAUGUUUGGAAUCUCAUAUUAAUAAACAGGCACUAAUUAAAAGA